AUGACAAUACCACUCCUUGGGAGACUAAAUAUCUUUGACUGGCCCAUCAUCAUCAUUUCAUUUACACUAGCAUGGUUCGAGUCCUUAGUGUCUGCCAUUACUACCCUCCUUCCCUGGCAAUUCAUCCAUGCUUGUACUACAGUGGUCAAGCAGCUCUUUCGUUUUACAUCAAACCCGAUCGACUUGAUAACGCAACUGAGACCUCGAGCAGAUAGCAUUGACCAUGAAGAAAAGUUUCAUUACUUAAAAGAUACGGAUUUGACAAAAUCAAAUGUUAGUAAGCAGAGCUACGACUUGAUGAUUGAAAUGUUGAAUGCUGAAACCAUACAUGAUAUGGUUAGAUUAUUUGGUUACGAAAUCGAGAGUAGAAUCGUCACUACAAAAGAUUCGUAUUUAUUAACCUUGCACAGACUCAGCGGUGGUUCACCAAGGAGAGUGCCUAAUGGGAAAGUGGUCUACCUUCAUCACGGACUUCUAAUGUGUAGUGAAGUAUGGGUCACUAUGCUUGAAAAGUACCAGAAUCUACCUUUCAUCUUGUACGAUUUGGGUUAUGAUGUUUGGAUGGGCAACAACCGUGGUAACAAAUACAGUCAAAAACAUUUGUAUUGUGAUGUACACUCAGUCCAAUUUUGGAAUUUUUCCAUCGAUGAAUUUGCUUUGUUUGAUAUCCCUAACCUGAUUGACUACAUUUUAAACGAUACGGGCAAAGAGAAGUUAACAUACAUAGGAUUCAGUCAAGGCAGUGCACAGGCAUUUGCCAGUGUGUCAGUGAACUCAGAUUUGAACUACAAAAUUGAUCAACUUAUUGCAAUCUCACCUGCAACUACCCCUCAUGGACUUCACUCAAAGUUUCUUGAUAUUUUGUUAAAGUCUUCACCAAACGUCACCUACUUGUUAUUCAGUCGGAGGGUACUUAUGCCGUCAUGUAUCUUUUGGCAAAGAAUAAUGUACCCUCCGUUAUUUGACAAGGUGAUUGACAUCUCAAACUAUAUGUUGUUCAACUGGAAGUCUUUCAACAUUUCAAAAUUGCAGAAAUUGAGUAGCUAUGCCCAUUUGUACUCAACUACCAGUGUCAAAUGUGUUGUUCACUGGUUCCAAGUAAUGAGUUCCAAAAACUUUCAAAUGUAUUUUGAUACAACAAUGUCGUCGACUUUGUCAGGAUUGAAUCCAGUUAGUUAUCCUUUGAAGAAUAUUCAAGUACCUGUUCAUUUGAUUUAUGGGACCAUUGACUCAUUGGUUGACAUCGAUGUUAUGAAGUCGCAAUUACCAAAAAAAAACACAACAACUUACGCAGUGUACGACCAUGAGCAUUUGGAUAAUUUGUGGGGGGAGGAUGUGUUUGAGUCAGUAUUUAAGCGUGUUUUGCAGUAUUUGGGAGAGGAUAUCGACGACGUAUACUCGAGAUUGUUCAGAACCAAUGAAAAUGUUAAAUUGAUAGAAGAUAUAUUCCGCCCUGAUAUCGGUUUGAGUGGGAUAGCAAUUGAUAAUGAACUGACUCAGUUUGACAUCACUAGCUUGAAUAACAUCGGUGAAGGCAAAUCUGAUCAUGAUUAUGAAUUUGAUGUGACUCAGAUUUCCAAUGUAUCCGUGUCGGGCCAAUUUUCAAACCUGCCAUCCUCACAAGGAGGUAAGUUGUCCUAUUUAAAACUAGCUAAUAAUAAGAGAAAAAGCAGUGCUCCUGGAAGUGAUAAAAAGUCUCAGAGUAUUGAUAGCACCAACACGGCCGACUUCAAAACACCUCAAUCAGUCGGUUCGACAUCGGUAUUUAUAUAA